AUGGAACCGGUGGUUGCUGAUGCGAAAAUUUGUGGCUCGUGUCGUGGUGCAUAUUAUGAUUGGAAAAAGAGAAAUCCUGACUUCGAUGGUAUUUUAUCGAGAAUUGAUGGAGAAAUGUCAUAUGAUGAUGGUGACAAUUGUGACAUGGAUACAAGUGCUAAUGAUUCAUCCAGUGCGUUAUAUGGAGAGGAUUCAGGAAAUGAUACAAAUAUCGAUGAUUCAUUAAAUGAGCCCAAUGAACCAUACUGUGAUUCGGUUACUCAUGGCGAAAAUGGAUUUAUUACGUUAUCAAUGAAUUGCACCAUUUCGUCUCACCGAAAAUGCUGUGUUUGUCAACAGUACAUCAUAAGAAAUUCUCUAACAGUUCCAUCAAAUGAUCGAAGUCUUAUCUGGCUGAUGAAAAACGUUUUCAUACCUGAAGGAGCUCGAUGUUGUACUGAACACAUUUUAAAUGGCCAAUUGAAUGUAGAUGCAAUCAAUCAAAUUAAACCAUCAAUUGUACAAGUCAUGAAAUUCAGUGCCAGCGACGUGCAGCUUUUAAUUGAUCAAUGGCAGAUUCAUUUUCAACAACAGAAGCGCUUCAAUUUUGAUGAUACUCGAUCUGUGUCUGACGAUGAAUGCAAGGUGUUAACUAGUUUAACGAAGGUGCAAUUUGAAGAUCUUGUGUGGCAAAUAUCGAAAUCUGGCAUUCGAAAUUCAAGUAAUAGAUCCAUCCGUACUGCAGUUGCUGUCCUGCUUUGUAAAUUACGAUUUGGAAUGUCAAAUACACUGUUGACCGUUUUAUUUCAACUGCCAGACAAACGAACAGUAUCUAGAUGUAUCGAAAGUGCUCGAACAGCAUUGAUCAAUGAAUUCGUGCCGAAGAAUUUAGGAUUUGCUCAUAUUGGACGCAAUGACAUUAUUCAUCAACAUACAUCAACACUUGCUCAAUACCUUUUGUGUGAGAAUGAACCCAAUACGGCCAUCGUUGUAAUCGACAGUACAUACAUAUACAUUCAGAAAUCCCGGAACAACGAAUUUCAACGCAAGUCAUUCAAUCUUCACAAAAAGCGAUCACUACUCAAACCAAUGCUGAUUGUUUCGACUACUGGCUAUAUCAUUGCUUGCAUCGGUCCGUUUCUGUCGAACUAUUCGAAUAAUGAUGCAUCAAUUAUGCAGAAUAUCUUGCAUCGAAAUACGGACGGUAUACGCAAUUGGUUGAAUGAGGAUGAUGUGAUCGUAGUGGAUCGAGGCUUUCGAGAUUGUGUGAAUGCUAUGGAAGAUCUUGGCUUAAAUGUCGUCUUUCCUCCGUUUCUCAAUGGGCGCAAGCAAUUCACUACAACGGCAGCGAAUCAAUCGCGAUUUGUGACGAAAGUGCGGUGGGUUGUUGAAGCAGAAAAUGGCCGAAUCAAACAGUUCAAAUUUUUAGCCAACACUGUAGCGAAUUCAUCUUUACCACAUCUUGAACAAUAUUUAUCUAUUGUUUGUUCAAUCAUUAAUCGAUACCGGCCACCAAUAAAAACCUCAAGCAUUCAAGACACCGUGAUAGCCGAUCAAAUGAUAUCGUUACGAAAUCAAAAGAAGAAUUUCGAAGCAGUAAGCUCAAUCGCUAUCUAA